AUGUCAAUCCGAUUACCUCCAGCUUCUUGGGAUUUCCGCGGUUUCGUAUUAUGUUUCAUCUUCUUCAGCUCGUUCCCAGGAACCAUACUAGCGCAGGAAGUUACACUAGAUUCGAUUCAGAUUUUCACAACUCACGAUUGGUUCUCGACUAAGCCCACAGUGUAUUUCCAAUGUAAAGGAGAGAACAAGACUGUGUUUCCUGAUGUGAAGAAAACGAAUGUUUCUUAUUCUUUCAAAGGCGAAGAAUCUUGGCAGCCAUUAACUGAACUUAAAGGAACAAAAUGCAAGAGAUGUGGUAUAUAUGAAAAAGACGCCCUGUCGAGUGAUACAUUUGAUGAGUGGGAGCUUUGUCCUUCUGAUUUCACAGCUGACGGUAAAUACACACACGCCAAGGAGAAAGAAUUCAAUGCUACUUUUCUCUGCCAUGGAUGUUCACAAGUCGGAGAUGGUCCGAAUAAAGAAUCCGGCGCUGUGAAGAAAGAAGAACAACACGGAAUGCGUCCUGCAAUUGUGGUACUGAUUGUAGUACUUGUGCUAGGUGUAGUUGCAGUGGGACUUGUGGUAGGUUAUAAGUAUUGGCGAAAGAAGAAGCGGCAACAAGAGCAGGCUCGGUUUCUAAAACUGUUUGAAGAUGGUGACGAAAAUGAGGACGAGCUUGGCCUUGAAGAUACCCUAUGA